UAAUCACUUGACGUGGGCAGAAUUGUUUGAAACGCGCCUAUAAGCCAUUAAUAAAAGAUCUCCAUCCACAGUUCGUGAUUUUAAUUUAAUUUGAACUUCUCAUAUUUCUUUAAAAUCGCUAUAUAAUGUACAAUGAAAUGGACGAUAUUUUCAAACCAAUAGUCAUGAUAACUGGUUUCGGACCAUUUAUUAAUCAUCCGGUGAAUGCAAGUUGGGAAGCCGUAAAAUUAAUGAACAAAGAAGAAAUUGAGAAGAAACACAAUAUACAACUAAUUCAACAGGAAAUAUCUGUAACCUACGAGGAUGUGAAUAAGUUCGUGCCAGCUAUAUGGGAUACCUUCGAUCCUAAAUUAAUGAUUCAUGUUGGGGUGUCUAGUAGUGCAGAAUGCUUGACACUGGAGAUGCAAGCACAUAGAAAAGGCUAUCAUAGAAAAGAUCACCUUGAUAACUGUCCUGUUAACUACACAUGCCCUGCUGAAGGAGGUGUAAGACUUCACACUAAACUAAAUGUUGAGCAAUUGUGCAAAGAAUUUAAUGAUAGCUGCCCACCAGAGCACAAUACCAAAGCAUUACCUUCUAAAGAUGCAGGAAGGUUUCUCUGCGAGUACAUAUACUACACGUCGUUGUGUAAGGACAACAGCCGCACGUUGUUCGUGCACGUGCCGGACAUGCACGUGUACUCCGCGGAGCAGACAGCGCGCAGCCUCGAGCACCUGCUUGAUCUUUGUUUAGCACAGCUUCAAUCAGACCGUGAUAUCAAUGACAAGUUGAACAAUGUCUCUCUGAAGGAGGACAAUAGGUUGUAG